AGAAAGUAGGUGGGAGCGAGAGCCCGGCCCCGCGGCGACGCAGAGGAUCUGCCCGACUGGGGAUUAGGUGAAGCACAGUGACAGAGUCAGGCUCCCAGCUGGAGUCUCUGCACGGACUGAACGGCCUGGAGCUCACAGUGACUCCCAGCAGCCGCCGGAGAGGGAACCGGCCCUUCCCCCUUUUUUUUUUAACGUUUUAGUCUGAAUCUUCAGGAGGGAGCGUUCAUAACUCUGCCUCGGACACGGAGGGAGCGCACGCGGGACACGCUGGAGCUAUGGGGACAGUGAGUGAGCUGUGUGUGUCCAGUCUCCAGACGUUCCUGUGUCCAGCUGUGAAGACCCCCCAGCAGGCUGCAGUGCCGGACGACCUCACCCCGGAGGAGCAGCAGGAGCUGGAAAAUAUCCGCCGGCGCAAGCAGGAGCUGUUGGAGGACAUUCAGCGGCUGAAGGAUGAGAUAGCAGAAGUGACGAGCGAGAUCGAGAACCUGGGUUCCACCGAGGAGAGGAAAAAUAUGCAGAGGAAUAAACAGGUGGCCAUGGGGCGGAAGAAAUUCAACAUGGAUCCCAAAAAGGGGAUCCAGUUCCUGAUUGAGAACGACUUGCUGAAGAACACAAGCAACGACAUUGCCCAAUUCCUCUACAAGGGCGAGGGCCUCAACAAAACCGCCAUCGGAGAUUACCUCGGAGAAAGAGAUGACUUCAAUAUCGAAGUGCUGCAUGCCUUCGUGGAGCUUCACGAGUUCACCGACCUCAACCUUGUUCAAGCCCUGAGACAGUUCCUGUGGAGUUUUCGACUGCCGGGAGAAGCUCAGAAGAUCGACCGCAUGAUGGAGGCGUUCGCGCAGCGCUACUGCCGAUGCAACCCGGGCGUUUUCCAGUCCACAGAUACGUGCUACAUCCUGUCGUUCGCCAUCAUCAUGCUGAACACCAGCCUCCACAACCCCAACGUGAAGGACAAGCCCACCGUGGAGCGCUUCAUCUCCAUGAACAGGGGCAUCAAUGACGGAGGGGACCUACCGGAGGACCUGCUGAGAAAUCUAUAUGACAGCAUCAAAAACGAGCCUUUCAAAAUCCCAGAGGAUGACGGCAACGACCUCACACACACUUUCUUCAACCCAGACAGAGAGGGCUGGCUACUAAAACUGGGGGGACGAGUGAAAACGUGGAAGAGAAGGUGGUUCAUCCUCACCGACAACUGUCUCUACUACUUUGAGUACACCACAGACAAGGAACCGAGAGGAAUAAUCCCUUUGGAGAACCUGAGCAUCAGGGAAGUGGAGGAUAAGAAGCCUAACUGCUUUGAGCUCUACAUUCCCGACAACAAGGACCAGGUGAUAAAAGCCUGCAAGACGGAGGCCGAUGGUCGCGUUGUGGAGGGGAACCACACCUUCUACCGCAUCUCCGCCCCCACUACGGAGGAGAAGGACGAAUGGAUGAACAGCAUCAAAGCCGCCAUCAGCAGAGACCCCUUUUACGAGAUGCUGGCAGCCAGGAAGAAGAAGGUGUCGUCCCUAAAGCGGCACUAGAGUUGUUCCUCGCUCCCCAACGUUGCACUUGACCGAGCGGGGGGGGGGUCACAGCAGGGGGUCUGCCCUGUGUGGGCGGGUGCAGGGGCCUCGGACCUCUCCAGGGGCAGAUUUCUCUAGGAUACAUACAGUACUAAGUCUGGGCCACAAAAACAGGAUGCAUGCUGGGCCGAGAGUCGGGGCCGAAGCCUCCAACCUCCUGUCUGCUUUGUGUGCGUGCUUUUGGCCUCUAAAGCCAAAAGGGAAUCUUGCUGAUGCAAAAUCCCCUUCGCGGACGCUUUACGAACUCACUUCCCGUACACUGUACUUUGCAACCCCCCCCCCCAGAACAUUCACACACUCACGCAUCCCCCCGUAGCACACGGCGUUUUAACUCAGCGGGUCUGAACCAAGUGUGGCAAUCGAACCAAAAUAAUGUUUGCUUUAUGAAAGAUGUGCUUUAACGUGUUCCGUCUAUUUUUACAGCUUCAUUGCUCUCUCUCCUUCGUUUGUGUUUGCUUUUGUAAAUUGAAGUGGUCUUGUAACCGAUGCGGCAGGGGAAGAGGGGGGCAGUGGGUCGCUGGGCGUCAUUUUUGCAGACUGUUAGUGAUUUUUAUAAAAAAAAAAAAACACUUUUUCUGUUAGGAAAAAAAAAAUAAUCCAAAAACAAAGUUGCCACUCAGGAGAUUGUUGCGAUGAUCCCAAACCUUCCACGACGUGGAACCUGUUCACGAGCGGACGCCCCCUGCUGUGUUUGUGUUAAUGCAGUGAGACGACGCUCGUCUCCACAUCCUGGAGGUGCGCGAGUGUCCGUCGCCCAGUGAGGUCGUAGUUUUUUGUUUUUUUUUUUUGCUCUCAUCUCAAACUGUCAUCAUCCUCAACCCCAUUGGUUAGAACCUUUACAGCUGCACUGCCUGGUGCUGCAGAUUAAAUGCUGCUGGUUGGCAACAGUAACUCAAUCUUCUUUUAGCUCCUCAGACGAGAAUUGACCUUCUCUCUUUGUUUCCUGCCUUUUUUUUAAUAGACUUUCUCAGCAGAGCGGCGUCUGUUUAGUUGCAAAGAUAAUUGUCGUUUCACCGUUCAGCAGCCGACCUCUCUGAUUGAUGUACAGUGUGCUGCGCUUCAGGUUGUUUGCGUGGAAGACAAUAUAUGACGUACUCCAGGAGAGGCUUUAAACUCGGAGGGAAGCGGGGUUGUACUUUCUCAGGAAGCGCGACGGUAAACAAUACGAAGCGGCUACUUUUAUCAGGAAUGUGCUGUGAUGAACCCAAAGGCAGCAGGGCCGAGCGGUCGCGCUGCAGCAGCGAUACGUGAUCUGUUCAAACAGCAAAAAACUACACAGGUACAGUUUUUGAGUUGUGCGUCGUCUCCCUUAUCUGUGCCUGCUGUUCGUCGUCUUUACUGCCCGCCUGUUGUUGGUUGCUUCUCCUUCUGCUCCUCUACACUAAUCCUAGAGAAAUAACGAGAGAUGCAAAACAAUCAGUUCUAGACAGUAUUGGUUUAUUUAUCAAAGUUGUACAUACUUAAAUGUAUAGUGGAUAUUUAGUUUCUUAUUAGUUGUGCCGUUUCAUUUUGUUGUUCUGUUCUAAAGUGUUUGAUUUCGAGGUUUCUGUCAUUGUCAUUUAAUCGAGCUAAAAUAAAGACAGGUUUGUCAAAA